AAGUACACGCAUAAGCAAUAUCAUAUAUGAUUACUAACACCAAACUGCGCUCUAUCAUAAUUAACAAACAACUCUUUUAUUACUUGCUGUGCUCACACAACAAAACACAAACAUACACGCGCCCAAAUAUAAUACAAAUUACAACACAACUACUGGGUCCUUGGUUCUACUGUCCUAGCUUUUGUUUCUUCUAAACACAUACCACCCCACCACUUCCCCUAUCCAACAGUUGCUUUAGUAAAGCGUACAGAAAAGAAAGAAAAAAAAAACAACCAAAAAGCAAUGUCGGAUCUCUUUACCACUUUUGAUAGCAACGGUGGCACGGGGCACUGCACCACGUCUAACGAUAUUGCAAUGGCAUCGCCCUCACAACACAGCCCCAUGACAAACAAUAGUAGCUCAUCCUCACAAAAUGGUGGAAGCGGUGGCACAUCAACAGGCACAGCUACAAUCGGUGGCGGUGGGUCCGCGGCUGGGAAAGGCAAUCACAGUUCAGCAGUAGGCACUGAAAACACACCCAUGCUAACGAAACCACGUCUCACGGAGCUUGUACGCGAAGUCGAUACGACAACCCAACUGGACGAAGAUGUCGAAGAAUUGUUGCUGCAAAUAAUUGAUGACUUCGUGGAAGAUACUGUAAAGUCGACGAGCGCCUUUGCCAAGCAUCGCAAGGCCAAUAAAAUUGAAGUGCGCGAUGUACAGCUGCACUUCGAACGCAAAUACAAUAUGUGGAUACCCGGGUUUGGAACCGAUGAACUGCGGCCGUACAAACGCGCGGCGGUGACGGAAGCACACAAACAGCGCCUGGCUUUGAUUCGAAAAACUAUUAAAAAGUAUUAGAAGUGUGUAGCGUAUUGAUAAACUCAAAUAACAAUUCCCAAUCCUUAUUGGUUGCUGACUGCAGUAUAGGAAUAUCUUAUAAACGGUUCAAAAUCAGCUUCGCUGUCUGAUAUUUGAUCUAAUGUACAAUAAAUCACAUUUCAUAGACAAUUUA